AGAUACUCAGAUCUCUCUAAUUGAGGCUAACGAAGAGUACACCAAAGAAUCAAAGGAACUGAAAGCCCAAAAGGAAGCAUAUGAAAAUGAAAUUUCCAGCCUAAGGUAUACUGAGAGCCAGCUGUCACAGGAUCUCAAGAAGCUAGCAGAGAGUCACGAGCAGCUCGAAGCUGCAAGCCUCCAGCAGCGCUCCGUACACAACGGAGAGCUUGAAAACUACAAAGCUCAAAACACCGAGCUGCAGGAAAUCAUCAAAAGCUUUGAGAACGAGCUGGAGGUUCAAUCUCAAUCCUUGCAAGCUGAAAAGGAAAUUGUAAUUAAUGAAACGCGUAAGGUUCAGAUCCUUGAAUCCGAAUUAGAAGUCGAAAGAGAGCGCUAUCGAAACGAUAUAAAUGCCAUGAAAACUGCACUAGAACAUAGGGACAAGGCAUCUUGUGCUGAGCAAGAUAAGAUCGAAAGUCUUGAGGUUGAGCUAGAUAAGCUCAGGAAGAUCAAUUCCAGCCUCAAGGACGAGAAGGAGCAAAAGGACAAUGAGUUAUCUGAAGCUAGGAAAACCUUCGAGGAAGAAGUGAAGAGCCAAACAAAUAACCUAAAGAGUAAGAUAUUCGGCUUGCAAGAGGAACUAAAGCAGAAGGAAAUUAAACUAAUUGGUCUCGAACACGAGAAGAAUGGCAUCAUAAAUCAGCUGAAGAACAAAAUGAGCACAAUUUGCAAUACCAUCGAGCAGCCGAUAGUUGCCUCAACAAUAGCCAACUUGCCAGAGUCCAAGAAGUCCUCAAAGAGGUCGCAGGAAGUCAAGCCCACUGUCGCCGUCGUUAACAGCCCUGCGAACUCUUCCAAAAGGCGUAGGGUUCGAAAGUUCGACUAUUUUCCCAAUGAUUCGGACUUUGAGAGCGAGGAUGAUGCAGUACCGAUAAAAAUGCUAUUUUCCAAACGUGAAAAUUUGGCUGUAGUCAUGCCGCAAGACGACAUUUUCGACGCUUUAAAAAGUGGAAAUAUUUAGGAAAGCCAAUGAAAUCCAUCAAAUAUAAUAUGUAUGUAUAUUCCAACUCAUUUCUCUUACCAUUACGUACGUUAAAACAAAACUAGUUGAGAGUAAUCACAGAUUACUAUAAAUACUGAGUUAAGUAGGUCUUGAAAUAUCACUGACCAUUUUUUAAGUCCUAUCCAUGUACAUUAUUUUCUUUAAAAACUUGACGCGUUGAGCAAGUAUUUUUCAAGAACAAUUACGUACUCUUUUUCAUAACAAACUUUCAUACUUUUCUUAUGAAACAUCUUCAAUUAAUUCAGUAAAUUAACGUAAAUACUUUUGUUAACUAAAAGUCGUAUUGUUUACUUGUAACAAAUCAGUAUUCCCUAAAUAAUCAAUUAUCGUAAAAAG